AUUCAAACACGUUUCACGCCUGCUAGCGAUCGGUCAAACGGAUACCCGACGCGAGCGCGCUGCCUGUUCAAAACAAAACGGCGAAAUCAAAGCUAUCAGUUUUUGGUUUUUGUGUUUUUGUUUUUCUUUUUGAGAGCAUUUACCGUGCUGGCUUUCGGGCUGGCAACAAUGUAAAUACACAAAUUCACAAAGCAGCUAAUGUUUGAGAAUAACUAACUGAAUGACUGUUAUGCUAUGCUCAGUGCAAAAAACUCGUUAAGUUAUUAAAUACACAAAAGACGCGACGCACUUAAAAUGAAAGUGCCCGCGCGCGACUCAAAAUAUUCGUUCAACUUGAAAAUAUUCAAAUUACAUAACGACAAAAAAUCAUCGUCGUCAGCAACAACAACUACGCACGCCUCGCUGGCUGCCACGGCCAGUCCGCCAACGGCUCAAAUGAUCUCCACUAAAAAAAAUUCAUGGCGCGCUUCGUGGCGUGCGGCCAUUGGAGUUAGYAAUAAAAGCAAAUCGGGCCACAACAACAAGAAUACAGCUCACCAUAAUAAUAACAAUAAUGUUAAUGUUAAUGUUAAUAUUAAUGAUGAUARCUCGAAUGAGAUCUGUUCAAGUGAAUCACGCAUACAGCCCGCCAAACACAUCCCUAAUAUUGAUGAUUUGAUGUCAAUGCCAUGGUUUGGCAUGGACAUUGGCGGAACGCUCACAAAAUUGGUAUACUUCGAGCCAAAGGAUAUAACGCCSGAUGAGCAGGAUUGCGAAGCGGGUAUUUUACGUAAUAUCCGAAGGUAUCUAACCAAAAACUCGGCAUAUGGCAAAACGGGACAUCGCGACACGCACUUGCAGAUGGACAAUGUGGAGAUUCGAAAGCGACGAGGUUCUCUCCAUUUCAUCCGCUUUCAGACCACAGACAUGGGCAACUUUCUGUCGCUGGCCAAGCAGAAGGGCAUGGCCGAGCUGGUGACCACGGUCUGUGCCACCGGCGGCGGUGCGUUUAAGUUUGAGAAGGACUUUCGAGAUCAGGUCAACAUGAAGCUGGCCAAAUUCGAUGAGCUGGACACGCUCAUCAAGGGCAUACUCUUUGCCGACAUGCACAAUGCUACUGAAUGCUAUUACUACGAGAAUGCCAGAGAAAUUACGUAGGUAUUC